GCAGUGAGAAACCGCCGCCGCGUCGCUGCUGCUGCUGCUGCUGCUGCUGCUGCUCCCCCGGACCCCCCGCCAAUCCGCCACCCGGAGACCGCACUGCACACUCCCGAGGAAGGAAGCCAUGUCGGGGUAUGUCAUGAAAAGUGCCUUUGCUGAAGUCUGUGUUACUUGGAACUGCUUGUAGGUCGGUCUGCUCUCGUGAGCCUUGCUUGCUGCCAAUUAGACAAAUGUCUGGCCUAACGUGCAACUGAAAACCGAAAUCUCUGCUGCAUCUGUGGCUGCUGUUUUAUCUUAAACUGAACACUACAUAAAAAAUCUGGAACAACAAUCUACUGCAGGAAGAACUAACCAACAUAUGGAGAGCUUACGCUGAAUACAGUAAAAUCAAUAACAAAGUGAAUCAAGCACGAUUCAUAUUCAAUCAACUGAUGUGAUUGCGUCAAAACAACUUUUAAUUAAAAGCAAUAAAGUGAACGUGUCAGCAGAAAUACAUUUUCAACUAUCAUAUCGACAAAAAGAAAAAAGGGUUAAAUCUCCUCAAACGGAAGGCCGCAGCUCAACCAGUGACCGAUCGACUACUUGCUGACUUGACUGUUUUGAUGUUGACUAAUUCAUGGCAAACCAAUUUUCGAGCAGCGUUUUAUGAAGUGAUUAUUUUGUUCAUGAACAUUCAGAAGUAUUUUAUAUAUUGAAAAAAAUAUCUUUUUGUUUUUAAUUCUUUUGGCUGCUGCAUUUCCCUCAGAAUACUGAUAUUAAGCUGUUCUAAAACACGCUAAAACACUUCGAUUUAUUAUGGCUGUAAACGUUACUCCAGUACGUGAUACAAAAUGGCUGACAUUAGAAGUGUGCAGACAGUUUCAGAGAGGGACAUGUUCACGUUCAGACCAGGAAUGCAAGUUUGCACAUCCACCAAAAAGCUGUCAAGUUGAAAACGGACGAGUUAUUGCAUGCUUUGAUUCUCUCAAGGGUCGAUGCACAAGAGAGAACUGCAAGUACCUUCAUCCACCAAUGCAUUUAAAAACGCAGUUAGAAAUUAAUGGACGUAACAAUCUCAUACAACAGAAAACAACUGCAGCUAUGCUAGCACAGCAGAUGCAAUUUAUGAUGCCAGGUGCACAGAUUCAACCAGUUGCCACAUUUCCAAUGAAUCAUGGCGCAGGAUUAAAUAAUCAUGCUUUUAGUUUUAGCCCUUUCCUGGCACCCAUGCCUCACAAUGUCGGAUUAGUUCCAACAGAAAUUCUUUCUAAUCCCCCUGUCCUUGUCCCUGGAAGCCCACCUAUUUCAGUUGCAGGAACAGGAAAUGUGCAGAAGCACAUGAGAACAGACCGAUUAGAGGUGUGCAGGGAGUUUCAACGAGGGAACUGCACUCGGGGUGAGACUGACUGCCGUUUUGCUCACCCUGCAGACAGCACAAUGGUGGAAACCAAUGACAACACCGUAACUGUCUGCAUGGAUUAUAUCAAAGGUCGAUGCUCAAGAGAGAAGUGCAAAUACUUCCAUCCCCCUGCGCACUUACAAGCCAAAAUAAAGGCAGCUCAGCAUCAGGCCAACCAGGCUGUGGCAGUAGCUCAGGCAGCUGCUGCAGCAGCAACUGCAAUGACUCAGUCGGCUGCCAAAUCUGUGAAACGACCCCUCGAGGCAACCUUUGACCUGGCCUUCCCACCUGGUGUUCUUCACCAUUUACCAAAGAGACCAGCCCUUGAAAAAAGCAAUGGCACCAGCACAAUCUUUAGUCCGAGUGUUUUGCACUACCAACAGGCUCUAGCCAAUGCACAUAUGCAGCAGCAAACGUUUUUUCCAGGGUCGGUGUUUUGCAUGACUCCUCCAGCUACAACUGUUGUACCCUUGAUGCACAGUGCUUCGCCCGCCACUGUCUCUGCAGCAACAACAUCUGCCACAAGCGUUCCUUUCGCCGCAGCAGCUGUAGCCAAUCAGAUCAUGCUGAAAUAGUGAACCCGAAGCUAUUGAAUUCCCAGGACAUCUCUAUGGAAACUCACGAACAAGCUUACUGUAAAUACUAUCCUCUUCACUCCCCACCUGCAUCAAUAUUGGGCUUACCACAGCCAGCAUGCUAACUAAAUCAAGAUGCAUUCUAUUUAGAUUAAGCAACAAUACAAGAUCUUGAUUGGAAAUGCAUUAUCAAAUAUAAGGAUAUAGAUGAUUUCAGGCACAUAUGUAACAUUCGUAUAUCCUGUAAAUAACUCUAGCACUUAAGAUAAAUAUUACAAUCUAGGCAAUGGAAAUCUACUUUCUGAUGUCUCAUUUUGUGGAGAUGUUAAGCCAUUACAUUCUGUAAAGAGUGUGAUGUGGUUAUAUUAUUAAUAAUUUGUUGUCUGAUAUCAUGGUAUACAAAAACAGCACCUGCUGAGUUGGAAGAAUCCCCACGGACAUAUAUACAAUAGACAGUACCUAAAAAAACUUUGAAAUUUACAGUGCAAAUUAAAGUAGGCUUUUAAAUCUUUUAACAGCCUAAUUAAUCACUGGGAAAAAAAUAGCAUUUAAUCAAUAGUGAUCAGUUUUAUGUUUAAAAAAAAAAAGAUGAAGAAAACUAAAUCUUAAAUAGGUGGGAAUUAUGAAAUAACUCCAGGGUUCUUAUUGAUAUUAAUCUGAAAUAUUGCACAGGCAUAAUGACUUGCCAAAGUUUACCGAAUAUUGAUUGCAGAUGCUCUUGAUGUCUUGUUUAGAUGUUAAGAGCAAAUCAUGAAAGGACGUUUUUCCAGUGCAUUGAAGUCAUUUGUGGAUAUGUAGGUCCUAAGAGAAGUUGAGAGGUUGGUUGAAUUUACUGAGGCAGCUUGUUUCAAAGUUUGAUGAAUCAUGUCAAAGGAUAAAGUGAAGUUCCCACUGCCAAUUCUGAAAAUGUCAGUAGAGUUUGCACAGUGGAAUUUCAGUAAGUGUAGCUGGCUACAAAAGCACUAGAUUGUUUGCAGUAGAUCGGUUUCACUGCAACAAAAAUAAUUUUGCCCACUAUAUUUCUGCGUUACCAAAGAUUCUUCCAACUCCAAAAGAUGCACCGUAUUAUAAAGUCACUUAUAAUCUAGUACAUGAUUUAUGUAACAGUGCCUAAAAUAAAGAGGGUGGGGCAAUUAUUCACAAAUAUGUACAAAAUGUAAGUUUUAUCAAAAUUGCAUUUUAUUUUCUCUCAUGUUAGCAAAGGAAACUGAAUUAGCUGGCACAAUUUGACAAAAAUGUCGAUGUAAUACAUGAUGAGAAGAAUUAAUUUUUUUUAAAAUAAUUAUUCUUUUUCUAAGAAAAGGCUCUUCCCAAAUGCACCCUAAUCUCUCACUAAUAUCGUUUUACUGUCAAUGAAACAAGAAUGAGGGCAGGUGAUUAUUUUUUCCUUUAAGCCAAAUUGAAUCCUUAAGCUGUAAAUUUUACCAAAUUUAUUACCUUCAUUCUGCAAGUCACAAUAUAAUUGUGACUCUAAUAUGACGUUUGGAAGAAAUGCUGAUGAUAAGAAAACACUGUUCAACAAAAUUAUGUUACAAUGUCUAAAAAAAACACGAUGUACAUUAAGGCUGGCUCAGUCCCGUGGUAUAACUUUGAAUUCUACAAUUUGAUUUUAAUACUGGUGAAUCAAUCUGCCACUGCAUAUGUUAAUCAGAACAUAGUAAACACAAAAACCUAUAACUUGGCAAUUUUCUUUUUUUUAAUUAUAGUUUAUAUUUAAAGAAAACUUUUUUUAAGUCGUAGAAGAUCAUAGAUAAGUUCCUCCAUUGUAAUGAUUAGAAAUUAGUUAAGUUUGAUCAGGAUCUUUAUUGUGUUGAAAAUAUAUAUUCCUUUUUCAUAAUAGGUUUACCUUUUUACAAGAUUGGUUUUAUGAUAUGAAAUGUUAAUGGUUUUAUAGUAGAAUUGAUACUAAAGAUAACAUGUAAUGAUUUUGUUUUCUUUAACCUUUUAUUGAGGAUGAAUAGUAGUUAUAACCUUUUUUUUUAAAUCCUGCUCUUAUAUUAUACAUGUGAAGCUCAGUCCAUUACAAAUCAACUUGGCCUGCAUUUUACAACAUAAAACACACUGUUGACAAAUAGGAAACUAUAUCAUAAUGGGACGUUCAGAAGUCCAGUGCAGGUUUUCAGUGGUCUUAGUACAAUGAUAAUGUCAUAACUUUUAUGUGCUUGUUUUUUAAAACCACAUUUAUUCUCAAUAACCAUCAAAUUAUUUUUCUGUCUUUGUGUAGAAAGACAGUUUUCUUCAGAUUUCUGAUGCAAUAGUGAUAUUUUUUGUUAUGAAAUAGUGCACUUAGCUUAAGAACUUGUUGCACUACAAUAAGAUGGCAUGGCUUCUGGCCGCAGCACUUAGUCAGCGCACUUAGUUUUCUGAGGGCUCAGACUCAAACUCAAACUCAUAACAACAUUUAUUGGCUAAUUAGUACUUUAACAUACAUAAGUUGAUCUUUAACAUGAAAUAAUUAUGUCAUAAUAAUGGCAGGAUACAUGUGUACUUACAUAGAUCUGUGUAUUUUUUUUAAAUGUUAAGGAUAGAUAAGGUCUUUAUACUUCAGUUUUUCAACUGAUAAAGUGAACCAUUUGACCUGCAGAUAUUGGCUCUUCGCCAUCUGUGUACUGUCAGAUGGUAUAAAAUUGAUACUGUUUGAAUAUUUUUGGAAUUCGCACCCAAGGAACGCAUUGGUUUGUGUUUUUCAAAGGGUUUGUUGUUUUCAAAAGUGUUGUGACUAUCUCAGAGUUGACAUGCAGCUGAAAUAUCUGAUACUGAUGAUGUUCAGAUAUGUACAACAUAUCUAGUUGCACUUAUGUACAUAGUAAGUAUGUAAUAACUGUCUUUAUAUUGUAAAACGAGCAGCGGAGGUUUUUAAAUAGAAACUAAAUCCUCCGUUCAAAGCAUUGUCAUGAGAGGCAGUUUUACAUUAAUUGUAACUGUUUACUGAAAUAUAAUAUAUUUCUUGAUGGAAUUCUAGGCAGUUAACACAAACUAUUUUUAAAACUAUAUAUAAAAUUGUAUGCUGCAAUUUUUAUUUAGAAAUUAACAUUCACGCCUCGACUGAGGAAUACUAACUGCGGUUGGUCUCUCAUGCUUGUAGCUUUGAGCAACAAUAAAAGAUAAAAUAUUCAAACAUAUCAUACAAGUCUGACAGAAACAGCAUCCCUGCUUAGGAUACAACAUUUUCAACCUGGUGGUAAGCUGUUUAGUACCCUUUCACUCACUGUACCUUAUUUACAUUUUUAUUGGGUUGAAAUCUCAAGAGUUGUUUUACCAGGCAUCACACUAGAGAGCCAUGGAAGUUUACAGUCCUUAUUCUGUGAUUUCUGAUAUAAUUUUCUAGUUAGAAAAUUGGAGUUAAGUUGAAAAAAAAAUUACUCAGGCUGCUUUUGGCAAACAGUUGCCUGGUAAAUAUUUCACAAUGCCAAUUUGAACUCUAGUUACAGCGGCCAAAUAAGUUUACUAGCUAUGCUAUUUGGUGAAUCUUAGUAGUUGAAGAAUGUACAGCUCGAUUCACACACACACAAAUACAAAUGGGUGCAGUUAGGGGUUCUUAUCAAUAGGCAUAACAAUAUGUCACUGCAAUGAAACAAUUUAUCUGUACACAGAGCCUCCAUAUCCCAGGUAUACAGUACUGACUUUCUGUAUUACUGCCAGAUUAUAUACUGUUUAUGGUUUAGUUAUGUUGAAUGAUUCACUGUUAUAUUUCUUAAAAUACAACUAUUUGUUUAUGACCAUUGAGGGGAAAAUAAAGAAAUAUUUGGGAA